AUGGCUCCUGAAGAGUACGAGGCGCUUUCUCCCGAGCAGCAGAAGCAGCACGAUGCUGCCGAGCGUGCGCGCGAAGCUGCCGAGCAGGCCGAACUCCCCUACACCUGGAAGCAGCAGCUGGACGCUGUCGAAGUCUCGGUUCCCGUCCCCUCGGGCACCAAGGGCCGCGACCUCGUGGUCGAGCUCAAGAAGCGCAAGAUCAAGGUCGCCCUCAAGGGCAAGGACGCCAUCCUCGAGGGCGAGCUCGCCAAAGACAUCAAGGAGGACGACAGCACCUGGACCAUCGAGGACGGCAACCUCGUCGAGAUCCACCUCGAAAAGAUGAACAAGAACGAAUGGUGGCCCAACGUCGUCUCCCACCACCCCAGGAUCGACACCACAAAAAUCGUGCCCGAAAACUCGAAACUCAGCGACCUCGACCCCGAGACAAGAGCCAUGGUGGAAAAGAUGAUGUUCGACAACCGCCAAAAGGCCAUGAACAGGCCCACCUCGGAUCAGCUCCAGCAGCAGGAGAUGCUCGCAAAGCUUGCCGCCGCCAACCCCAACAUCGACUUUUCCAACGCCAAGUUCAACGCCUCCUCCUGA